AUGGAGGAUUUGGCGAGUGCCUUUCAAAACGACUUCUUUGACGCGGUGAAGGUGCUUGAAGAUUUUUCCUCCUCUGACUUUGCACUCAAAGAUGCAAUGGCAGAAAUAAGAAGGAGGAUAGCUGCGAAGACGUACGUGUGUGCGCCGAACUUCUGGGAUGACCUUCGCGCCACUUUGAAGGCGAUUGAAGAGAGACGCGACGAACGUGCAGCCAAAUCGAAAGCUCAGCAGGUGCUGAAGCAGAUCGCUCGUUUGGAGGUGAAAUUUUGGGCGAAGGCGAGUGUUGCGAUGCUAAAAGAACUUGAUGCGGAGUCAAGGCUUGAAAGAAUCGUCGACUGGCUCCAGACCUUUGGGCCAGGGGAUGAGGAAGACAGCUCUUCUGGACCAGCAGUGCUGUUUCAGGUUCUUAGUGAUGUGACCCUGCAGAAGGACUUCGAGGCUCCUCAGCGUGAAGCUCUUUCUGCCGCUGUCCGAGAAAACUUGCAGAAAUUUCCUGUGGAAAUGCAGGCAGUGCUUGAGCGUGUGGGAACCGUGACUGAACCCAGAUCAUUUGGAGUGCCGGACUGGAGGAGGAGGCAUCAGCCAACGCAGCUCGAUGCUCCAACCUUGGGCCCUGGUGCAAAGUUGCUAUUUGGCCUGGAGCCUUCAGAUGAGCUGGGUGAGUUCCAGGUACCAAAGAGUGCCACCACGGAUCCAGCCGAUGGUCAAGUUGCAGAGGAAACUCCUGUGAUCACCAUCGAAGAUGAGGCGGCGAAUGCCGAGAUAGUCCAACAGCUACUGCAGAAGGAGUCUGCCAAGGAGGAAGCAGUGCAGGAUUCAGCUGAGGAUCAGCCGGCAUCCCUUCCUUAUUCUGUGGAUCCUUUUGCUGACCUUCUGGCUACUAUAAUGUCCUGGCUGCAGCAGGCUGGAGGAACUCUUCAGCGAGAGGCUGUUUUGCCUUUGAUAAAGGCCAUGGGCUUCAGGGUGAGAGCUGUCAUCCAAGCACUCUCGCAGGAUGUCUUUUGGUCACAUCCAGAGGCCGAAUGUGAGAUUCUGCUAAGAACGCCAGCUGGGGCUUCGCUCCAUCCCAAGCCUUUGCCGAGCAAUUAUCUGCAUGACACAGUGAGACGAAACUUGGUCUCACAUGUCAAACAGAUGGGCUCGAAGGCCAAGUAUGACAAGCUUGCUGGCUUUCUUGGUUGGAAUGCAAAGUCUGAGCUCAGACGGACGUACGGUGCGCUUCAAAUAGUGCUGAGUGGGCUGCAUGAGAUCUUCUAUGACUCCACCAAGCUCUACCUCAAGCAAGUUCUGGAAGGAGUGGUUGACUGGCCAGUCAACAAAGACGGCCGAAUAGGACCAAACUCCAACAAGGACACCGUGCAACACUGGACACGGGCUUGCGAUGACUUGAAAGGUGCAGGAGACAUUGACUGGUUCAACGCCAAGCGGCAGCUUCUGGGCGUGGUGAUGAGCCAGGGUGGGCGACUGGAUGCACAGGUUGCACGGUGGAUCCUCAACCCGGCAGGGGAGCAGGCCACACUGGAGCGGGUUUUCGAAGUGGGCUCCAAAUAUGAUCUGACGAAGGUAUUGUUUUGGGAACCUCGGCGCAUCUUUAGAAGGCGGCAGAGCAUGGCCGUCGCAGAGGACGUUCAGGUUGACCCGGAAUUGCAACAAGCGAUUCUUAAGGCCAUCCUUGCAAGAGGCUCUGCGAGUUUGGAAGAGCUCAAGGCUGCAUUGGACGAGGCAGGCUUUGCUGAGAAGGCCAGUUGGUACAGGAAAUGGUGUGCGAAUCUUUGGAAGAAAAAGAGGGGUGGAGCCUAG